CAUCGUCUCUAUUCCUUCAUCGUUGCUCGAAGUUCGAGUGAGGCAGAGAUUCGAACGAGGCACUCGUCAUCAGUUGUCUAGGGCUUGCUUUUCCUCUUCCAUAUUUCUUCGUUGUUGUUCUACUUCACGUGAAGUAGUGUUCUGAAAGAGUUGAAGCUUUUCCGCCUCCGACGACUAAUCCUGUUGGAUCGGAAGUCGCCACGGGAGCUCGCCGCGAAGAUUUACGGGGGAUUUAGGUAAAUCAUGUCAAACGGGUUUCUAGCGCUCCGUAAAUCCCUAUUCUCGGUAAAUCCCAGAUUUACGGCGUAAAUUGGGAUUUAGUAAAUCCCUCUGUUCGGCCUGCUUCGCCUCAGCCUCUCGACCGCCGCCUCAACGUCUCCUUCUGCGAUUCGUCUUCGUCCGCAGUCGCUGGGAGCAGGGUUUUCUCAUUGCACGGUGGAAAGGUCAUGAUGCGCUUUGAUGUUGCUUCUCACAUGUACAUACUCAUGCCUCUGGUUAUAAUUGUUGCUGGUAUUGGUGUUAUUUCUACUUUGGUUUUCAUAACUCAACAUACUGAAGAUCUCUUGGAGAGUGAUUUUAGCGUUACAAAGAUAAUGUUAACAGACCAUCUUCAAGAGCAAGCUCUUCACCUUUCUGAAGCAAAUUUGUCAAUUCACAAUGUUGCAAGAAUUAUUGGUUCUACUUUUGAUAAGAAUUUGUCUUCGUCUUCUGCUAUUGAGAACGAGGUUGCCUCAUGUUUGUUCAUGGCAUUGAAGAUAAUUCGAUUGGCAUCACAAAUUUCUUUUGUUAGGGCCAACAAAAUUAUCUUCUCUUAUUUACUUGAAAUAGAUCAAACUCGGGUUGUAUUCUUUGAUACUUCAUCCAAGUCGAACAAUUCGACAGUGCAUCAAUGGUAUAGUCAAAAGGUUGAUAAUUAUGCAGGAAAACGAUAUGGUGCUAUACAUGUUGUUACCUCUAUUCAUUGGAAUGACUCAUUAUGGUUUUCUGAUGCAUUGAGAGGCGUGAGCAGGAGUCCAUCAUAUGGAUAUGGAUGGGGAUAUGAUCGAGAUAAAAUGUUCUUCUUUACUGCCCCAGUAGAUAGAUUUACUGUGAUUGCUCUUGGAAUUAAAUUAAAAGAUUUUAUCAAUUAUUUAUUUUCUACCAAGUUUCAUGGUGCGCAUGUUUUUGUGUUGACAAGAGAUGGUUUGUAUUUUUUAGACAGUAAUAAUAAAAACACUCUAAAGGCAAUAAAUGUGAAUCUCAGCUUGCCAAAGAAUGAAAUAGUUGGUGAAUCUUGUGAUGGUAUUAUUAAUGCACUUUUGUUUGCUCCUUCUUCAAGCACAAAACAUUUGAUGUCAAAGAAAGAAAAAUUUAUGUUUAGAUGUGUGCCUAUCCAUCUUGCUGAAAUCAAACUGGUAUGUUAUUCAAUAUUAAACACAGCAUUUGGUUGUGCAAAAUCUUUGUCCUUUGAUAUUCUUAAAGGAUGUUGUUUUUUGUGUCUUAUUUUCUAGAAUUUCUUUGAGUAUGAUCUUUUUCUUCUUGCAGGUUAUAGUAGUUGCAUUUCCAGGGAAGAAUUUUAUGCUUUUAUUGCAAAAAAUGAAAGUUACGGUAGUCUUAUUGUUGUCUUUUUUUAUUCUAAUUGCUAUUAUCGGCAGUUGUAUAUCUUCAAAGCUUUUUAGGAGAUUACAAAGACAGAAGACAUACACACUUGCUAAUCUUAUUAAACAAAAGGAGGCCACUCAACAAGCUGAGAGAAAAAGUAUGAACAAAAGUAUAGCAUUUGCUAGUGCUAGUCAUGAUAUGAGGGCAUCUCUAGCGGGAAUUACUGGAUUACUUAGACUUUGCCAUGAUGAUGUUCCUCCGGAUUCUGAUGUCGCUAGAAACUUAGUACAAAUGGAUCAGUGUGCAUCAAAACUAUUAGGGAUUUUGAAUUCUGUUCUUGAUACAAGUAAGGUCGAAGCAGGAAAGAUGCAACUUGAAGACGUGGAAUUUAAUAUGGCUCAGGCUAUUGAAGAAUCUGUUGAUCUUUUCCAUGUAGUUGCACUUGCUAAAGGGGUUGAGGUAAUAUGGGAUCCAUGUGAUUUCUCUGUUUUGAUGUCUUCAAAUGUCAGAGGUGAUUGUAGACGAUUUAAACAAAUUUUGGAUAACCUCCUUAGCAAUGCUGUAAAGUUUACAUCAGAGGGUCAUGUUAUGGUGAGUGCUUGGGCUAAAAAGGCUCGCUCAAAAAACUCAGAGCUCACUUCAAUCCAACAGAGCCAGUUUUCAAACAUAUCAUCUUCUUUAUCAAAAUGGUUUUGCAAUAUUGGAGGUGUUUAUUCAACAAAGAGACCUCAUAACUCAAUUAUUUCUCGCGGUGAAGGUGACAUGGAGUUUAUUUUUGAAGUAGAUGAUACAGGCACCGGCAUCCCAAAGGAAAAAAGAUCUUCCAUUUUUGAAAAUUAUGUUCAAUUGAAAGACUCGAACUUAGGCUAUGAGGGCACUGGUUUGGGGCUUGGAAUAGUCCAAUCCUAUGUUCGAUUGAUGGAUGGUGAUAUUGGCAUUAAAGAAAAACAACCUGGCGAAAGAGGAAGUUGUUUUAUAUUUAAUAUUUUCUUGAAGUCUAUUGAUGUUUCUUCUAAUAAUACUGAAGAAGAUUUCAACUCUUGCAAAUUUCCAAUACUGAAUAGGUUGCAUUCAUUUUCCUCUAAAACAAGAUCGAAGGUGCAAUCAAGUAUGCUUGCCAUGGCAAUGUCAGAAGGUGUUGUGGAUGGGAUACAAUGCCUACUUGUAAUUAAUAGUGUUGAAACAAGAAGGAUUUUGAAAGAUUGGAUGAGAAGCCUUGGUGUCAUGGUCAGUGUAGCUCAACAACCAGAAAACAUGUUUGUUGUUUUGAAGAAGAUGAUCCAUAAUUACAGUGCCUCUGAAAGCGAUGAUCCCAGUUUACCUUCUAGUGGUGACGAUAAUGAGUGUUCUUGUUCCAAGGAUAAGAAUAACCAAGUUUUGCCCCAUAGCAUAAAAGAUGUCUCAAAGAAAGCAAGCUUUAAAGGUUCCUAUAAGUAUUUGUUAGUUAUUAUUGAUUUGAGUUUUGAGAAUUUCUCUGAAAUGCAUAACUUCAUAUCCUGGCUUCCUAAAAGCACUCAUUUCUUUCAUCAGUAUAAAGUUAUUUGUUUGACUGAUUCAACUGCAUCUUGUUCACAAAUUCCAUGUGAUCUUAUGCUAUAUAAACCCAUUCAUGGUUCACGUUUUUAUAAGAUUCUGGGACUUAUGCAAGAAUUCAGACAAAAAACUGAAGAACUGAAACCAGAGAUUGCAGAAGAGUCCAUUAAAACAAAUGAGUUGGAGAAAAGAAUUUUGUUGAAUUCUGCAUAUACUCAACAAAAUAAUUUUGUGGUGUUUAAGGACGAGAGUGUGAAAGAACCUUUAUGUGGCAUGAAUAUAUUAUUGGUGGAAGAUACACUUAUAUUACGUCAAAUUGCCUUGAAACUGCUUUACCGUUCUGGUGCAAGUGUCAAAUUUGUUGACAAUGGAUUAGAAGCUUUGAAUGUGGUAAAAAAAGCUUUGAAAGAAACUAAUCCUAUUUCUGAAGGAAGAAGCUCAAGGCAUUUACCAUUUGAUUUUAUUUUGAUGGAUUGUCAGAUGCCAACUAUGAAUGGAUUUGAAGCAACAAAAUGCAUACGCGCAGAAGAAAAGAAAUAUGGUAUCCACAUCCCUAUCAUUGCUCUAAGUGCUCAUGCUGCAUCUGAUGAAACAAAGAAAACGCUUCUUUGUGGAAUGGAUUUUCACUUGACAAAGCCAUUGGAGAUCAACAAGUUGCUCGAAGCUAUUAAGUUGAUCUCUCAAAACUAAACUGGAAUUUGGUAAAUUUGUCAUUGCUGAAAAUGAGUUAUAUAAACAGUUUUCCAGGAUUUAACAGGUCCUGAGCCAUAAAACAAAGAACAUUUUAAAUUAUGUUUCCCUAAUGGAGUACAAAGAAGGUUUUGUUGGUUGAUGGUGGCAUUAUUGACAACCAGUUGAAGCUGGCAACAAGGAACUGCAUUACGUGAAUGUGCUUCCCUCAAUUGGUUUAAAUGUCUACAGCAUCCUUCAGCACGACACACUUGUGAUGACAAGAAAUGCAGUUGACAAGAUUGUUACUCGUAUGCACACACCCAUCAAUCGUUGACAGAAAUUUUGAAGCCAUAUGGUUAGAAAACUAGAAUCGAAAAUUCUUUAGAGAUAUUGGUGAGUGACAAGGCACACAUAUAUGUUGCAUGCAAGAUUCUUAUUCAAUAUCUUCUCAAUAACUUUCAAGAUCUUUCUUAACUAAGCUACUUAGCACCAAUAUUUUUUAUUUUAUUUUGGUGUACAAUGUAAUAGAUUGGACUCUAUAUGUGGUACUGAUCUUGAAGAAGAUUUUCUUCUGUUUUUUAAUAUUAUUUUACCUUCAAAUAGUGGCAGACCCCCACUUUAGAAGCAAGAAAAUUUUUUUGUAGCUGAAACUCCUACUCUUGGUGAUAAAUGUUAAAGAAAUGGUGUGUUUCCACUUUCCUCAUUC